CCAUGGCUCUCAGGAACAAGAGAACUCAUAUGAGAUAAGAAAGAAGAGGCCUCAGGAGUGGAGGUGCACUCUCAGAUUACAGACCUUUGACCAGAGGUCUUUCUCCAAAGCAUCAGGACAGAGAGAAGUCACAGAACAGAGCAGAUUUUCCACGAGCAGCAGAAAAUGAUUAGGUCCCAGAUAUCGUUUGAGGAUGUGGCUGUGGAUUUCACAUUGGAAGAGUGGCAGCUACUUAAUCCUUCUCAAAAGAACUUGUACAGAGAUGUUAUGUUGGAGAACUAUAGCAAUCUAGUUUUUUUGGGUUUUCAAAUUAUCAAACCUGACGCAAUUUUGAAGCUGGAGCAAGAAGAGCCAUGGAUGAUAGAUGAAGAAAUCCUAAGUCAAAACUUUUCAGAAGAAGUCUGGCUAGAUAAUCUCAAAAUGUGGCACCAAGAUAAUCAAGACAAACUAAAAAGUAUGGAGAGAGGCCAUGAAUAUGAUGUUUCUUGGAAAAUAUUUCAUUCAAGCAUUAACUUUGUUCAUUUAGCAAUGAGACCCCAUAAAUAUGGCAUAGGUGAAAAAAGUUUGAAAUAUCCUUUUGACUUUCUCAUUCCAAAAAGUAACUGUGGAAGAAAGAAACUUGAUGAACUCAAUAAGAAAUUAUUAUUCUAUAUCAAACCUGCCCGAAUUCAUGGUGGAAUAAAAUAUUGUGACUGCAAUAAGUGUAGAAAAGCCAGCAGUGAAGAGUCAUGGCUCAUUACAAAUCAUAUAACCCAUAGAGGAGUCUAUUUAUGCAUAGUAUGUGGCAAAGUUUUUAAGAAAAAGUCUCAGUUUCUUAUACAUCAGAGAACUCAUACAGGAGAGAAGCCCUAUGGAUGCAGUGACUGUGGAAAAGCCUUCUCACAGAAGUCAUUGCUCACUAUUCAUCAAAGGACUCAUUCAGGAGAAAAACCAUAUGGGUGUAAUGAAUGUCCAAAAGCUUUUAUUAGGAAGUCACUGCUCAUUUUACAUCAGAGAACUCAUACAGGAGAAAAGCCCUAUGGAUGCAAUGACUGUGGAAAAGCCUUUAGCAGGAAGUCACAGCUUAAAAGACAUCAGAUAACCCAUACAAUAGAGAAACCCUAUGGCUGCAGUGACUGUGGAAAAGCUUUCUCCCAGAAAUUAAAGCUCAUUACACAUCAGAGAACACACACAGGAGAGAAACCCUAUAAAUGUGGUGAUUGCGGAAAAGCCUUCUUUUGGAAAUCUCAGCUCAUUACUCAUCAGAGGACUCACACAGGGAAAAAACCUUAUGCAUGCAGUGAAUGUAAAAAAGCCUUCAGCAGGAACUCACUCCUUAUUAGGCAUCAGAGGAUUCAUACAGGAGAGAAACCAUAUGAAUGCAGUGAAUGUGGUGAAGCCUUCAUCAGAAAACCACAACUUACUAAACAUCAAAUAACUCAUACAGGAGAGAAGAACUAUCAAUGCAGUGAUUGUGAAGAAGCCUUCUUUAAAAAGUCAGAGCUAAUGAGACAUCAAAAAAUUCAUUUAGGAGAGAAACCCUAUGGAUGUGUUGAAUGUGGAAAAACCUUCUUUGGGAAGUCACAGCUCCUAACACAUCAAAGAACUCACACUGGAGAGAAACCUUAUGAAUGCAGUGAAUGUGGGAAAGCCUUCACUCAGAAGUCAAGUCUGAUAUCACAUCAAAGAACACAUACAGGUGAGAAACCUUACAAGUGCAGUGAAUGUGGAAAAACCUUCAGUGAGAAGUCAAGUCUUAUUCACCAUCAGAGAACUCAUACUGGAGAAAAACCCUUUGAAUGUAGUGAAUGUAGGAAAGCUUUUGCUUGGAAGCCACAGCUUCUUAGGCAUCAGAGAAUUCAUACAGGGGAGAAGCCCUUUGAAUGCAAUGAUUGUGGGAAAGCAUUUGUUCAGAAAGUGCAGCUCAUUAAGCAUCAGAGAAAUCAUACAGGAGAGAAAACCUAUGGCUGCAGUGACUGUGCAAAAGCCUUCUUUGAGAAGGCACAGCUCAUUAUACAUCAGAGAAUUCAUACGGGAGAGAGACCCUAUAAGUGUGUUGAAUGUGGGAAGUCUUUCACUAGAAAAUCACACCUUAUGAGACAUCAGAGAAUUCAUACAGGUGAUAAAUAUUAUGGAUGUGGUGAAUGUGGGAGUAACUUCAACAGAAAGUCACAGCUCUUGGUACAUCAGAGAGACCACAUAAUAUAGAAAUCCUAAGAAUGGAGUGAUUUUGGAAAGCCUGCUAUCCAAUAUCAUGCCUUCUGACACUUCUGAGGGCACAUUCAGAGAGAAACCCUAUCAGUGCAAUGACUGUUGAAUUUUCUUUUGUUGGGAAGGCAAGUCUUAUCAGAAUUCAAAAAGGUGAGAAAAAUUUAAAAAGUAGACACUAUAGGAAAGCUGUCUCCCAGAAGACAGCCUAUUACACAUUGAUGACUCAUCAGUGUGGAAUUCUUAUAAAUAUUGUAAUAAUAGAAACCCUUUCCUUUCAGCCAAAAGUGACAGCUCGUUAAAUAUUCAGAAGACCUAAACAGGAGAAAGACUAUUGUAGCAAGUGAGGGGAGAGCUCAAGAAAGGAUAAACCAUAGUACAGUAAGAAUACACACAAAGUAGUUACUGAAUAUUAUAUGUUAGAGAAUUCAUAUGGAGGAGUUGUCCUGAUAAUUUAAAGAAACUAAUAAGCGUGGCCCUAGUAAAAUAAUUCUAUAAGAAAGUUGUAUUCAUUGUAUAUAUAUUAUAAAUAAUAAUAACUUUUAAGUGGUAGAUAUAUUUUAAGUGUGAGGACUUCUGCUUUCUGCUGUGGUGGUAUAACAAAGACCAGAUUAACUCUCUUGCCUUACAGUUAGAAACUGUACAAUGGAUAUAACAUAAUGGGUUUAAGACAUAUAACAAGCACAGGUUUUUGAUCCCUGGCAGAAGGUGGACACAGUGGAGUGAACCCUACAAUUGCAGAGCCCUCUGUCUGGUGGCAGUUUCUAGGCUGCAGUUCAGGGAAGGGAACAAAUGUGAUCUUGCUGAAUUGAAGAGAGUUGCUGCAUUGGCAUUGAGAGAGGCCCUGGUAGCUAGAAUUUGCAGGGAAAAGUACUACAGAGGAGGGAGCUCCCCAGAGAGGGCUUCAGAAAUCCUCUGGGGUCCCUUUCAGUCUCUGGCUUAGUACUGAUCUGCAUAUGUGUGGAAGGAAACCUCCUGAGAUCAGGAAAGGUACUGCUGGAGAGCAGAGACAAUUCCUAACGAUUCCUAAAAAUCAGUAGAGAACUGGGAAUAGUUCAGCCAGAGUAGCAACAACUUUAACACAUGGGGCACCAAGUAGAAUUCCCAGAAGACUAUUGUCUUAGUAGUGAGCAUAAUUAACCCUAGAUUAAAAGCUACUCAGGACCCACAAUGUCUGGCAUCCAAAAUCUUACCUGGCAUGCAAAAGAAAAAUAUGCCUUGUUACCAGGAAAAAAAUCAGUCAGUAGAUAGGAGACCUAGGUAAGACUGAAGUGACUGGAAUUAGUAGACAAGGAUGUUCACAUAGCUUUAACAAAUGUAGAGGAAACCAGGAAGCUGAAACCUGAUGUGGAAGAUACAUUUUUGAAAGUCCAAAUGGAACUUCUCAGGAUGAAAACAACAGUAUCUGAAAAUUAAAGAAAAAAAUAUCUGAGUGGAAUUAACAGAUUAGACAUAGAAGAAGAAAAAAAAUAAUGAACUUGAAGAGAAAGAAUAAAAGCUUUCCAAAUUAUGUACACGGAGAAAGAGACUGAAGGAAAAACAGAGAAUAGGGAAUCGGUUAUAGUGGUAUAACGUAUGUGUCAUUGGAGUCCCAGGAGGAGAGGAAAGAUGAGGCAGAAGGAAGUAUUUGAGAAAAUAAUGACUGAAUGUUUUCCACAUAUGAUGAAAAGUAUAACUCUACAUAUUUAAGAUGCUCAAAAACCCAAAACAGAAGAAAUCAAGGAAAUCAUGCCAAUGGAUAUCAUAUUCAAAUUGAUGGAAACCAGUGAUAAAAAGAACAACUAUAAAACUAUAAAGCACCUGGAGAGAAAAAGUCACAAUACACUCAUGGAACCAAUGAUGGCAUGCUUCUAGCCAUAGACUCUGCAAGCUAGAAGACAAUGGAGUGAGUCCUUGGUUACUCAAAGGAAGGAAACACAAAACAAAAACCGUGCAGCCUAGAGUUCUCUUACCCACCAAAAAUAGCUUUCAAAAAUGAAAGCUCCCUCACCCCCGGAAAAAAGGCAUUUUCUGAAUAACAAAAAGAGAAUUUAUCACCUGUAGAUCUUCCUUCAUUGGGGCAGCAGGAAAAUAAUACUAAGUAAUUUGAAUCUAGAGGAGCAAAUGAAGAGUUCUCAAAAUGGUGAUUAUGUGGGUAAAUGUAAAAGAUUUUUUUCUCUCUUUAAAAUCUUUUAAAAAGGUGAUUGCUGCUUAAAGCCAAAGUAAUGACAGUGUAUUUUAGAUUAUGAUCUAUUUAGAAGUGUGUGACAACAAUAGCACUUAAGUUUGAGUCUUUAAAAAUAGAUUGCAUCAUCUGAGUCAGAAAACUAUUUUCUCAGCUCAGGAUGACUUGUAUUUAUAACAGCUGCAAGCAGGAAUUGCAUGUAUUUUGGAUCCGCAUUUGUACUAAUUGCUCUGUACUCCUCCAUAUCGAUUUUCCUCCUUUCUCUGCUCUGCAUCCCCAGAGGCUGUUCUGUAGGGGCUGCUCACUAAGGUUUCUGCUUAGGUUCCAAAGUGGGCGGUGCUAGUAGGAGAAUAGAGGGAUGGGAGGAGAGAGAGGUUGGAGUAUCUAUUACUUCUCCCUUCCUUCUUACCGGACCACAGUCUUGGCAAUGCCUGUGUUCUCUUAUCGCUACAGCUUCCUUUGGGUACCCCCUUUUUAUGGCUGUAUCCCUUAGCUUUCAGUUAAUAACAUUCCCUUUCCUCUUAUGACUUGCUUCUGGGUGCUUCCCCAUCCCUGUUUGGUUUCCUUAAUUCUGAACACAUAUCUGUAAAUAGUCCCUUUAUUAAAUGUUCCUGAGUUAUAUUUUGAGUGUACCAUUUGUUUUCUGUGCCCAUGUGUUAAAUGGUGAAUGGAGAAUUUAACAAAAUUUUUUGAGCAUCAUUUACUGGUACAUAUGCCUCCUAGGACAUAGACUGGCGUCUAUCAAGAUUUCCCUCACUAAAUAUAUCAAUAUUUUCUCUUUGUGUUUUAACAGUUCAGUGGAAAUUAUAAUAAUUUUUUGUGGCUUUUGCUUUGCUGCAAAUGUAAAUGGUUCUGGAGAUUACCAUCUGCUAUAUAUGCAAGUCGUCUACAGCUGUUACUAAAUUCUUCUUCAUAAUAGAAACCAAUAAAACAUUUACACAGUCUUAUGGUACCUCAGGGUUAGCAAACUGCAAGAAAGUAUUGUUAUUUAUGAUGUGUAAAGUGAAGGAAGAAGAUAACCACUACUGAGUGAAGAAAGAUGGGGUGAGGCACUAUACUUCCGAGUACUCUCAUUUUAAAAAUUGUGCUGUGCAAUUAAAAUAUCCUCAUUCCAUCUUCUGUUUUUUAUUAUAUACAAUUCAUGUAAUCUGUAACCUAUAGAUAAGAUUUACCAUUUCAGUAGUCAAAGUUACUGUAGAGAACAUCUUCAAAGGCUCCAUACCAGUGUUCAUCACACUAUGCCAAAAGAGAAUGAACUUUUCUAGGAUUAAACCAGAGUUGCUUCACUUAUAAUGUUAUAAAGGGUAAUAAUUUAGGUUGAAAUAGACGACCAAAGAGGCCCAAUGUAGAUAGUACCAUCCCCCAUCACUUGUCAGAUCUCUCUUAAGAAUUUCGCCUCUCUAUAUCCUCCCUCACCCAGUCAUUCUUUCCUGCUGUUGUACAGCCCUCUUUUUUGAAGAGUUGCCAUCAGGAUACACAGCAGGAUUUUCUCCUUCAGUUGGACUUGCAUUUCAAUCUGCACUUAGAAGGAGCUCUUCAUGCAGGUUUUCCAUUUUGUGCAACUCCAAGAGGCACUAUUCACAAUCUGUUAAUAAAUUUGCUUAUCACUCUGGUCCUGUCUUUAAGGAGUUAGCUAGUGAAUGAAAUAAUUGUUUAAUACUUAGGCAUAAUUGGACCAUAACAUCAUGACAGUUCCCUGUAAUUAUUUCUCUGUACUAGUACUAUAUGAUCUAUAGAUGACUGUAAAGUAGUUUCUACCACCAGGAUCUCCCUGGUCCCCUUUAUUUGCCAAUAUAGUGGAGGGAAAAGCCAUUCUCCAUUCUCACCAUCUUAGAAAAUUUUAUCUCAUGAUCUCUGCCUGCAACUUAGAAGUAGGCAGUGUUAACAUGUCAUGACCAGCUCAAAAGAAUGAAAUAAGUUUACAUGUACUGUUUCCUCCCAGCACCACACACCACACACCCCAUUGCCACAUUAACUCACAAACCUUAAUAAGUAGUCAGUUUGUUCUGAGGCAACAUUUGUGGAUUUGGUAAUGCUAUUUGAUAAUUCUUUCGUUUGUGUGGUCUUUGUUGGGGGAGCACAGUUGUUACUCAGUGUGUCCAGGUAUUUAACAAUACCUAAAUCAUUAGAGGUGCCCAACAAAGAGAAUGUAGUUGUAGAAGCAGUCACUAGUAAGGUGAAAUGAGGAGAGAAAUACAAGUGAACUGGCAUUUGUAAUUUGGAGUUCUCAUUUAAAGUAUUCCUGCCAUUAAAAUUAUUUAUAAAACACAUCAAGCUCAGCCUCAUAUAAAGGUAGGAGAAGCAAUUAACUUUUGUUGUUUAUAAUAAUAGUGUGAUCAUAUGAAGGGAGCCUUUAAACCGUGACCUGCUGUCACUGCAGCCAUCCAAGUGGUAAUGUGGGUUUAUCCCCAACCAUGAUUUUUACAGGGCUGCUCUGAGGGCAUAUGCAAGUUAUAUGCAUUUAUCCUAUUUAUAUGUUUGUCUAAAGCCAAAUGGGUUAAGUGAUGAUGUCUGAGAUAUGGGACCAGCCAUGCUUCUCAUACAAGGACAGAUCAAAUACUUAAGGAAAGGUCAGGCUGCUGUUCUUUCUGUGAGGAGCAAUCUCUAAGCUGCUGCUACUUGUUUCCACUGACGGUGCAUCUAGAGAUCAAGGCGCCUGAGGAGGCUGUGCUAGUGCAGACCUGUUGCUGACACUCUCUUCUCUGCUAUGUUUGGGAAGAAAAUCUCUGCACCCAUGUUUACUGAGUAAACUGUUUAGUGAAUUAAUAUGUGCAUGUGGUCAUUGGAAACUACACUCUAGCUUCCAUUACAAAUAGGUAUCCCAAACUAAGUCAGCUCCUGCCAGUUUCCAACAUACUGUGAUCUAGAUACACCUAAAACAUAGAGAGAAAAGUGCCUCCGAUGAGUAGUGUGGUUGGCAUGUUAAGAGUUAAUGCUCUGCCCACCCCUUAGCUCACCCAUCUGGGGCCUGGGUUCUGUGUAGAGGGAAAAUGGCUUACUUUUUAAACUGGGGACUCCUGUAUCCCCUGAGGCCGAAAAGAUUAGGAUACUCAGAGAUUGCACCAAGAGUAGAAAAAAAAGUAGAGAUGAGGCAUGGCGUGUGGGGAGACUCACCCACACCUGCUCUGUGCCUCUGCAAGAGGAGGGCUGGGAGGACCACUGACUGGAGGUUGGGAAUCAAAUCAGGUAUCACCUACUCCCUCCCCCUUAACACGGAUGGGUUGUGUCUGGCCCAAGAUCAGCAGCAGUACCAGGCCUGGAUCCUCCCACCACCCCAUGUCCCAUGCUCUGCCAAGAGAAGACAGCUGUCCUUGGCUUCCUUUCUUGGUGCUUUCCACCCCACAAGCCUGAGCGCAGUCUGGUUCCUGCUUUGAUCAGUACCUUCAUGUGGGUGUUAAAUUACACACUUGUGCCUUGCUGAGAGGCUUUCCAAUGGAAGGAAUCAGAAUCACUAACUGGCACUUGUUAACGCAGUGGCACCUUUCAGGGAUGUGUGUGUACAUGCAUGUGCUUGCAUUAAGCGAGCUCUGUGCUUAGGUCUUUAUAUAUAUAUAUAUACGCUUUUAAUUCCUUUUUACUGUUUACUCAUUAAGUGUUUAGACCAUCAUUUUACUCUAAGCUACUUGAGUUCACCAAGGUCAUAGAGCUACCAGGUGGCAGAGUUGAGUUUGAACCUUUCUACUCCCCAGAAGCAAAGUGCUGUUGUACUGCUAUUAUGCCAUACUUAUAAAACAGCUAAUUUCUCCAGCAGCUUAAAGUCCUUACAUUUUUUCAUAGACUAAACUCAGAUUAAGGGUCUAAAAAGAUCAGGAACACAAAGGCAACCUCAUUUGCAUUAUAGCCAUUUUGCUGCUGUGUGGUUUUUGACAAAUUAAGCUUUUUGCGUUUCCCAGUUUUCCAAUUUAAAAUUAAAGUGAUACUGUAGUGGUCUUGCAGUAUCUGAUAUAGAAAAACAUACAAUAGAGAUUAUCAACAAAAUUAUUAACACAUUCUUUGAAAAAGCUGAUUAAGUGAUGAAUCUCAAAAAGCUUGAGAAAAAUAAGCAAACUAAUAAAGUUUUCAAAAAUUAGAGGAAAUUAUGACAGCUCUAGGCUAAAAAUAUGAAAAUUUAGAUCAAGUGGAUGCUUUCUUCAGAAAAUAGAUCAGACUCACUUUGAACAUGAAUAAAGAAAUCCAAAAUAUCCUUAGCAUACUGAAUCUAGCAAUAUAUUAAAAACAAUAGUGACAAGUAAGUUUAUCCUAGGAUUGAAACAAUGGGUUAAUUUUAGAAACUGUUACUAUGAAAUAACACAUUCACAUUAACAAGCUUAAAGAUAGUAAAUUGAAGUAUAUGAUAAAGGGCUCAAUUCCAAUUCUUUCUUAAGAAAAAUCCUAAUGGGAAAGAGCUUGUUAAACCAGCUGGUGGUGUUUGGUACUCCUCUCGCAUCAUCCUUAGUGAUGAAAUCUAAUCUGUUUAAAAAAUCUCCUUAAGUAAAAGAUGAAUACAAGAUAAGAA